AUGACCGACUCUGAGACCUUCCGCUUGUUGGGCAGCAAUGGUGAAAUCACCCUCUUCGGUGUCAGCGUGCAGAGCGGCAACCAUGAGGAUUGGCAGUUUGUGAUGGGCUUUCCACGUCCAGUUAAAGACGGUGACAACAAAGAGUUCGAGAAGUUCGUGGACCAGCCUGGCGACCUUUGGAAGGACAUAUUUCCACGAUCUGAGCCGAAAAGGUUUGACAAGCCCAUCACGAUGCAGGACUUCAGCGAUCAAGCGCGAAAGAAGAUCGAAGAGAUUCUAGAAGGCCCCAACUUUCACUGUAAGACGGGCAACUAUGUGUCGAUCGAUGGCGAUGAAUACUUCUUGAAGAUUGCCCUGAAAGAAAAAGACAUGUUGCACUCCUUGGCAGAAAGGGUGGAGGCCCGUGCACGGGUGAAGCCAUCUGCGUAUGAGAAGGCCAAAGUGGUGUGCCCCACAGAGCAUAAGGUUGGAGAGGAGUUCAAGCGCUAUGAGAGUGAACAUCGAAAUCUUCAUACCAAAGACAAGCAGGACAACUGCUGCCCGGCUCAUGUGCUUUUCCGAAAGGCCUUAAAGGACAAGCUCGAAGACUUUGAAGAGCCCAAUGUGCUUCGAAUUCUCCGGCGCCACAUUAUCAACUAUAUUCAGAUCCAGGAGUUGCAGAAGGCUGGAGUGGUGUCCUCCUUCUUCGCCGUGCACCAGUGGCAGCAUCUCCAGGAGCUGCAUAACCGUGGCUGGAACAACCUUUCACGCUUGUGGAGCUGGCCGAAGGACGGCACCGCGGAUUUCAUCGUGCAGUACACCGGAGUGCAGGUGGCAUUCCUGUUCCACCUUUACAACACCUUCACCAGGUGGCUCUCGGGUCCAGCCGUGCUGAGUACGGUGAACUUCGUCUUGCGCCGGUGCCCCUUCACCAGCGCUCGCGAGAUGAAAUUUGUGGAUUCCGCCUAUGGAGCCAUGCUGUGCAUGUGGACCACGGUUUUCCUGGUUCGCUAUAACCAGUUGCUGAACUUGAAAACCUACCGCUGGGGGAUGGAAGGGGCCGAGCGGGAAAUCGUGCCAGUCCGGAAAGAGUUUAGUGACGAAUAUCGUGGAAGUAUCCUGGAUGGAUUGCAGAAGUUUGCACAUUCCCUCCUAUGCUUGGUCUUCAUCGUGGAGACCAUUGGUGCCGCGCAAGUGAUCUCCUCCGUGAGCCAUGAAGCGCAUGCACAUCCUGAGGAGUCAACAAGAGGUAUUCCAAAUACCACGGUGAUCUUGCUGGCCAAGUAUGCCAUAACACUCAAUAUCAAGGUGGUUGACCUCAUUUGGACCCCACUGUCGACUUGGCUCAGCAAGAAGGAGAACUGGCGAACCGAGCCGGAGAUGAAAUCCCAUAUGAUUGUGAAGCUCUUUGCGGUGAAAUUUGUGGUUUUCUAUUACCCCUUUGCGCACACCAUCCUCAUCCAGCCCUACUGGGGCAAGGGCUGCGAUGGCGGCGAGAUGUCAGGCUGCGUGAGCAAGUUGAGAUCGGACCUCUAUUUCUUCUUUGUGUGCCAGGUGCUCUCUGAAGCCUUUGCUGUGUGCAUGACACUGGCAUCCGUCUAUUGGAGCGUACGUUCAGAGUUGAAAUCGAAGCGAGCCCAAAACCACAAGUUCACUUACCUGGAGCUGCAGGCAAAGGUCCCGGAAUAUGGUGAAGCGGAGCAGAUCCAGGACUACAUGCAGCUGGUGCUCAGCUUCGGCUUUAUUGCAAUGUUUGGCGUCACGUGUCCAUCUAUGUCAAUCCUUUGCUUCUUCGUGACUUUUCCCAUCAAACGGCUGCUCGCAUACAAGAUCUCUUAUGCACACCAGCGGGUGAUCCCAAGGGUAGAGGAAGGCAUCGGCGCCUGGCGCUCCAUUAUGAACUUCAUCGCCUACAUAGGCGUGACCUGCACCUGCUAUAUCGUGAUUUUCGUCUUCAGCAUUGAACACAUGGACUUCGCCAGCAAACUUCUGGUCUUCAUCCUCAGUGAGCGGGCCUUGAUGGGGCUGAAGUGGGUCAUGGAAACCUUUAUGGGCACCAAGACAGUGGCACAGCUCCGAGCGGAGGAGCAUAACGAGAAGGUCCUGGACAAAGUCUUGAACGACAACGACCACGACAAGCCCUGA